AUGUCAAACGCCGAAACGAUCCCCGAUAUCUAUGCUGCGCCCGCCGAGGGCCAGCGUGUCAAGCACAAUAAUGUCGUCUACACGACGAUCCGGGAGGGUAUGGCCCACAUCCUGGUCCCAGAGGAGUCCAAGACCAAGGACGGACAGACCGUACAGCAGGUCUUCUACAACCCGAUCCAGCAGUUCAAUCGCGAUUUGACGGUGUUGGCGAUUAAGGCCUACGGAAAAGAGCGCCUGGAGCAGAAGAAGGCCGCGUCGAAGUCGCGGGAGAGCAAAUGGGGAGAGAAGAAGCGCAAGAGGAAGGAGGCCGCACAGACCGAACGCCCAGCCAAGUCGCCGAAGCUGGAGAAUGUUGCCGCCGAGGGCGAAGACACAGAGAUGAAGGACGUGACAGAACAACCAGCUGAGCAGGCAGCGGAUCAACAAGCUGAGCGGUCGGCCGAAGCAGCUCAGCAGGAGGAGCAGGCGAGCGAACAAGCCACUGAAGGCACUGCUCAACCACCCGCCGAUAAACCUAAGAAGGAACCACAACCGCAGUUCCGAAUCCUCGAUGCCCUGUCGGCCAGUGGGCUGCGCGCGCUGCGCUACGCGCAAGAAGUGCCGUUCGCCACGUCGGUGACGGCCAACGAUCUGCUCAAGACGGCAGCCGAGGCAAUUGAGCGCAACGUCAUGCACAACGGGCUGGUUGGCAAGAUCAGGAUCACCGUAGACGAUGCGAUUGCGCACAUGUACGAGGUCGUGGUCAAGGACCUGCGCAGGGUCCAUCUGAGCGGUGGUAAGCCCGGACCCAGCGAGAAGUACGAUGUAAUCGACUUGGACCCCUAUGGCUCGGCUGCUCCUUUCCUGGAUGCCGCAGUCCAGGCGGUUCGUGACGAUGGCGGCCUGCUGUGCAUUACCUGCACGGACUCGGGUGUCUGGGCGUCCAACGGCUACCCGGAGAAAUGUUACUCUCUGUACGGUGGCAUCCCCGUCAAGGGAUGGUACUCCCAUGAGGUUGGCUUGCGGCUCAUCCUGCACGCCAUCGAGGCCGCUGCUAACAAGUACGGCCUGGCCAUGGAGCCGCUGCUGUCACUGUCAGUCGACUUCUACUGCCGAGUGUUUGUGCGCAUCCGCAAGUCCCCCGCGACAGUCAAGUUCGCUGGCGGCAAGACCAUGAUUCUUUACAGUUGUGGUGGCGGUUGCGGCUCGUGGACCACGCAACUGCUGAUGAAGAACAAGCCGGCUCCCAACAAGAAGGGCACUGGCAUCUUCUACAAGCAUGGCUUUACCAAGGCCCCGACGACCGACUCCAAGUGUGAGCACUGCGGAUCGACCAUGCACCUGGCGGGCCCCAUGUACGCCGGACGACUGCACUCGCAGGAGUUCAUCAAGGCCGUGAUUGCUGAAACAGAGGCAGCGGAUCCCAAGAUCUACGGUACCAAGGAGCGCAUCCGCGGAGUGCUGCAGACCGCUCUUGAGGAGUACUUGCCGACUGCUGAGAUGCAAGAGGAGGAUAAGAAGCAAGAAGAGGCGGCCAAGAAGGACGAGAGCAGACGGAUCGCCCGAACCGGGCUGACAGAGGCCCAGGCGGCCGCGUACGACCCGUACCCGUUCUACUUCCACCCGCAGCAGAUCUCAGGCAUUCUGCACUGCGCCAGCCCGUCUGAGGCGGCUAUUCGGGGUGCUCUGUUGAGGAUGGGCUAUCGCGUUACGCGCAGUCAUUGCAAAGCUGGUAGCAUGAAGACGGACGCGCCGUGGUAUAUUAUUUGGCACGUUUUCAGGGAGUGGGUCCGCCAGAAGGCGCCCAUCAAGGUCGAGAAUAUCAAACCGGGCAGCGUUGCGUACCGGCUGUUGAGGCUUGGAGGGAACAAGGAGGUCCAUGAGGACAAGACAGAGGAGUCGGGAAAGGAUCAACAGGCAGCCAAGGCUGACGAGGCCAAGCCAGAAGAGGAAGAUGACCAAGAGGACAAGCAGCAGCGCAAGGAGCUGCCUGAAGUCGUGUUUGACGAGCAGCUUGGGCGGUACAAGGAGACGGUGAAGUACCUGCGCUACCAGAUGAACCCGCGGGAGAACUGGGGACCAAUGAACCGGGCAAGGGGGAAAUGA